AACAGACCGUCCGCACGCGCACCAAACCCUCUCACCCGGAGGAAUAUUCACUAUUAUCCGUACGGGAAAGCGAGUCUGAACCGCUAACUUAAACGCAAGGUGAAGAGCCGGGCUGUGGCUGAAUGCAGGUGCGCUAAAGAGAAAGGUGUCGUGUCUCUGCACGUCGCACGCUCAUGUGGGCACGACAGCAGGCACCGUUGAUCACACAGCUGUGUCUGCCUGUCCCAUCAGCCAUCACUUUAAGCAGAGUGUCCCCAUUCUGCCUCUGCCUCAUCUAUCAACACUAUUCGAUUUCUGAGUGGAGUCUGUGAGGGUUUGCAGACAACAGAAGUGUGUAGUGUGUGCGUCCAUCGAAGAGACCGUUUCCCCUCUGCUGAUAAUGAAGCACCAUUUCCACAUGAGGAGGCAUUGACUCCGGCGCAAUCCUGUCGCGCCCACAGCGCCCCCUCUCGGCCCGGGCGGCCCACCAUGCCCCGGCCAUGAAGGGCUACCAGGUGAGUCGCAGUUUGUCACAGCAUUCCUCUGGGCCUUGCUACUGCAUGCCUGAGGACUGUGACCCUGCGAGGGACUACAUGCACCACCCCGACCAUUACCAGGGACACAAUGACCACCACUACUACCCACCUGGUGGACCCCCUGAACCACUGGCCAUGGUCCCAUCUGGUGGAGGCACCUUCCCUCGGUCACACCCCAGUCAGCCGCAGCAUUUCGACUCCACAUGUGAAGAGUGUCUAUCCUCGGCAGGGCACGGCCAUGGUCAUGGAGGAAAGAUGCAUCGUAUCCCGCCCAACCUUCUGGAUCAAUUUGAGAAACAGUUGCCCUUUCACCCUGAUGGCUUUCACACCUUGCAGUACCAGCGCACAGCCAGUGGGGAGCAGCGGAGCGAGAGUCCAAGUCGCAUACGGCAUCUGGUAAACUCUGUCCAGCGUCUUUUUGCCAAGUCUCAUUCUCUAGAAGCACCCUCUAAACGAGAAUUCAAUGGGACCCGUGGAGGAGAGUACCGGGAGAGGGAAAGGGGGCACCGCAGUGGUGGUGAGGAAAGCGGUGGACAUCAUUAUUCAGGAACGCACCAGUCUCGGUCUGCCCGCCGCAACAAAAGCCGAGAACGGAGCAAGAGUGGGGACUCCCGCCACGAGUCUCGAAGUUCCCGCCAUCGCAGUAAAACAGCCGGCUGGUGGAGCUCUGAUGACAACCUGGACAGCGACAGCAGCUUUCUGGUGGGUGCAGGCAGGGGUGGUCGAGGUUAUCCCACCGGACACGAGACACUGGAUGCUGCCAUUCAGGAGCUUACCUUAAGGAAAUCUAAAGGUCCACCUCCAGGAGAGUGCUUGGCUUGCACCAAUAUAGCCAUGGCAGGGGACAGCGGACACUCUCUGAAGAGGAGCACGUGGUCAUCAAUGACAGUCAGUCAGGCUAGAGAGGUCUAUCCAUCUUCUCGUGGAGGAGGCGGGGGUCCGGGAGGAGGUGGAGGAGGAUAUGAGAAGGCAUUAGUUCCUUUGGAUCCCAAAAUGAAGGAACGUUCACUACACCAUCUGCAGGUGCCCUCAGAUGACUGGUGUGGUGGUGGUCCAUCCGACAGCGGUGGAGAGAUUCCCUGCAGACGUAUGCGCAGUGGCAGCUACAUUAAGGCCAUGGGGGAUGAUGACAGUGUUGACUCAGACACCAGCCCCAAAGCCUCACCAAAAUCAGCCCUCAUUGCCCAGAGAGAAGCCUUCCGUCGCUCCGUCAGCAUGGAUCAACGCUCCUCCACCACAUCCAAGUAUUCAUGUAAACAGUGUACAGAUGCCUACCCAAACAGUCGAACCACACCUAAAGGUCAUGCUCGCUCCCGCAGCUACACUCGCUCUCUGACCAGCGCUCAGCUAAGUGACACUCUGAACCUGUUUGGAGAGAUGGAAUCACAGGCUGUGGAGGCACUGGAUCUACCUGGAUGUUUCCGCACACGCAGUCACAGCUAUGUACGAGCAAUCCAAGCCGGAUGCUCCCAGGAUGAUGACUGCCUGUCUGUCUUCUCCAUGUCGGUCCCACAAGGGAGCAUGAAGGGCGAAGCAGUGUUCCCAUAUAGGAAAGGACCUCCUCCUCUUCCCCCACGAAUGUCCAAACCAAUGAUCUCUGUGACCGCUCAGAGCAGCACUGAAUCCACCCAGGACGCUUACUUCCAGAGUACAGGACAACCAGCUCUGGUCCGUCCCAGACAGCACAGUAACUCAGUGGACCUGACGGAGAACAGUGGGGGCCGUACGUCUAGAGGUGGACACUACCUUGGUGGAGGCACAGCACGGGUCAGACAGAGCAGCAACUCCGCAGAGAGUCUGAAUGGCAGGGCCCUUCAGAGCAUCGCCUAUCAUAGUGGACCUGGGCCAAUGAAACCGAAACACAGCAGCUCGGCUGAUAACCUGCUAGAGGGACCCAGGGGAUCCAGAGACCGGGUUGGAGGCAGUCUGGGAAAAUCUGCUUCUCUGCCUCAAAACAGUAUGUCCCUAGCUAAAGCUCUGACUGUUGGAGAAGAGUUUAAACAAGAAGGUCGAGGGAGGAAGUGGAGACCCUCUAUCGCAGUGCAGGUGGACAGCUCAGAGACAUUGUCCGACUCAGACCCUGAAGGGAAAGCACUGAGAGAGGUGCAUUCCAUAGGGGUUCAGGUGGAGGAUGACAAGAGACGAGCACGUUUCAAACGCUCCAACAGCGUAACAGCAAGUGUCCAGGCUGAUCUUGAGACAGAAGGUUUUGGAGGACUGACCGUCCCCACUCAAGACAAGGGCCUGCAGUUUGGCUGCUCAUUUCAGCGCCACUCAUCUGAACCAGAAUCAGCCAGUCAGUUUGCAGAGUAUCGCACUGUACACACACAAGGCCAAUGGGCCUACCGUGAGGAUUACCACAGUGGGUACACCACUGAACCCGGCCCUCCAGAACUGAGGGCCCUGCCCCGCUCUCACUCCCCUCUGCCUCUGGCCCCCGAGCGUGGAGUGGGAGGAUGGAGCGAGGGCCCCCGGAGCCUCCCAGAUUCAGGCAGAGCCUCGCCUUGCUUACGAGAUGGAGAGUUCUUCCUCCGGCUUCUACAGACAGAGGUGGAGAGGAUGGAGGGAUGGUGCCAGAACAUGGAGAGAGAGGCAGAGACCAAUGAAUUGCCGGAAGAGGUGUUGGAACUCAUCAGAGGAGCUGUCGGCAGUGCUCAGAUGCUCAUGUCACAAAGAGUCCAGCAGUUUUUCAGGAUGUGCCAACAGAGUGUGGAUCCUUCAUCAUACCCUCAGCCCACAACUCAGGACCUGGCCAGUUAUUGGGACCUCCUCCAGCUAGCCAUUGAGGAUGUCAGGGUGAAGUUUCAGGACCUGCAGCGGCUGAAGGACUCAGGCUGGAGAUUGCCUCCUGAGAAGAAGGAGGACAAGAAGGUUCCACCUCCAUUACCAAAGAAGCCCAUUGGCGGCGUAACCGGCAGCCUACGGGCCGACAGCACCGCUGAAUCCGGAGGCAUGCUGGUGGUCUCGCGUGGACGUAGCUUGCCUGAGCGGGAGAAAUCGCUGGAUGUAGGUGACCGGCAGAAGCUGGAGACUCGCCGCAGGCUUCUCCAAACCAAACGCUCAGCCUCUUUCCGGCAGAAUUCUGCGACGGAGAGCGCCGACAGCAUCGAAAUCUACAUCACAGAGGCUCAGACGAGACUCUGAGUCUGUCGGAUCUCUCCAAACAACCACUACGACUCUUCUGCACAUACGUGACAAAAUGGCGGCCACAGAGCGAGUGCAAUUACUUUUCUUUUUAGUUUGAUGGAGUACUAGAGAUGGCCUACUUGUUUGCUGCUGGUGUUUGGAUGUGAGCUUACACGUCUUCUUUUUUUCUUUUUUUUUUUUUGAGCAAGUGUUAUUAUUCUCAGAAAAAAGGGCUCA